AUGGAAGGACCAACUCUUAACUUGCGGAGAAUUCCGGACAAGCUGAAUGGAGCCAAACCAAUGGAGCAUUUCGUCAAAAGAGAAACUCCACCUCCCAAGUUCUCGGAGAGUUCUAAUCUGGAGUUUGCUCUACUGGCCAGUGAAAAGCUUCCGAACUAUGGUUCUCUGGAUCUAUUUCAUCGAGCUGUCUAUCCGUUCAUGUUUUUGGCUGAGUGUUUUGCCAUUAUGCCCUUAACAGGACUUCGGGAAUCGAAUCCACGUCAUGUACGGUUUUCCUACAAAUCCUUGCCCAUGGUCGUCACGGUUUUGUUUAUGAUUGCCACCAGCAUUAUGUUUCUGGGCAUGCUGAAGCAUCUGCUCACUAUUGGCAUUAGUGCCAAGAACUUUGUUGGUUUGGUUUUCUUUGGCUGUGUUUUGACUGCCUAUGUGAUUUUUAUUCGUCUGGCCAAGCGUUGGCCUCAACUGAUCCGACUCUGGACCAAAACGGAGUUGGUCUUCACGAAGGCUCCAUAUGAAAUACCCAAGAGGAAUCUAUCUCGAAGGGUGCUUUUGGCUGGACUGGCUAUUAUUGGUCUGUCUUUGGGGGAACAUGCCUUGUACCAGGUCUCGGCUAUCCUCAGUUACAAGCGUCGUAUACACCUCUGUAGAAACAUUACAGAAGAGGCCAGUUUUGAUAACUAUAUACAGAAAAAUUACGACUAUGUUUUCCAGCUAUUGCCCUACAGUCCCCUUAUAGCUGUUCUAGUGAUACUUGUUAAUGGAGCCUUAACCUUUGUUUGGAACUACAUGGAUCUAUUUAUAAUGAUGAUCAGCAAGGGUCUGUCCUAUCGUUUCGAGCAGAUUACAGUUCGCAUCAAUAAACUGGAGCAUCAGGAGGUAUCCGAAUCGGUUUUCAUCCAAAUCCGAGAGCAUUAUGUGAAAAUGUGCGAACUACUGGAGUUUGUGGACAGUGCCAUGUCCAGUCUCAUACUACUUUCCUGUGUGAAUAACCUAUACUUUGUCUGCUACCAGCUGCUUAAUGUUUUUAAUAAACUUCGCUGGCCCAUCAACUAUAUUUAUUUCUGGUACUCCCUUCUGUAUUUGAUUGGACGCACUGCCUUUGUCUUUCUCACGGCAGCGGAUAUCAAUGAGGAAUCCAAGCGCGGUCUUGGAGUAUUGAGGCGGGUCUCUAGCCGAAGUUGGUGUGUCGAGGUGGAGCGCCUCAUAUUCCAGAUGACCACGCAGACAGUUGCCCUUUCCGGCAAAAAGUUCUACUUUCUCACCCGUCGACUGCUCUUUGGAAUGGCCGGCACCAUUGUCACCUACGAGCUGGUGCUCCUCCAGUUUGAUGAGGCCAAUCGACGCCGGGGUCUGGCCCCCUUGUGCGCCUGA